AUGGCUGCUGAAACCAUCAAUGACGGUGUUUAUUUCAUACAGAAUCUCGGUAAGGGCACCGUCCUCGACCUGGAGUCCGGAUCCUCCAAGAACAACACCAAGGUCCAGGGCCACAAAAAACGCGAGAUCAACGAUUCUUGGGUAUCUGCACAGCUGUGGCUCAUUGCCCGCGUUCCGGGCACCGUGAAGUACACCAUCCAGAAUGCGAACAGUCGUACCUUCUUGGACCUGAAGGGCGGGGUCGCUGAGAACGAGACACCCCUUGUGGGCUACGAGGCCACUAACAAAGUCACUCAGCACUGGAUGAUUCAGCACAACAGUAACGGUACGGCUUACGUCAUUUUCAACGCGAAGUCUACUAGCGCGUCUACGCCGCUCUUUAUCGAUUUGUAUGCCGGAGGCGUCGUUGACGGCACACCCAUCAAGGGCAUAGUUGGUGAAGGAAGUGUCACUCCUAACACGAAUCAACUGUGGAUCAUCACCCGUGCUUGA